AUGACGAAGCGCACCAAGAAGGUCGGCGUGACCGGCAAAUACGGCACACGUUACGGCGCCUCGCUCCGUAAGCAGGUGAAGAAGAUGGAAAUCACACAGCACGCACGAUACACCUGCACAUUCUGUGGCAGGGAAACAGUCAAGCGAAAGUCUGUGGGUAUCUGGGAGUGCAGCGGAUGCCGGAAGAAGAUUGCUGGUGGUGCUUGGACGGUCUCGACACCGGCUGCGGCGGCCACCAGAUCUACGAUUCGUCGUCUGCGGGAGAUUGCGGAGGUGUGA